CGCUGCCGGCAUGAAGGUGUUCCGCAGGAAGGCGCUGGUGCUGUGCCUGGGCUAUGUGCUCCUCCUGCUCCUGACGAUGCUCAACUUGCUGGACUAUAAGUGGCACAAAGGGCCUCAGCAGUGCAGCGAGCCCUCGCCCGCCCGCCGCACCCCCUACCCUCAGCAGCUGCCUUAUUACACCUACCAGUCCCGGUCGGACACUCGGGCCCUCUACGGGCCCCCCGUGCCCCUCGCCCGCAAGCGGCAGCUGGUCUACAUCUUCACCACGUGGCGGUCGGGGUCCUCGUUCUUCGGGGAGCUCUUCAACCAGAACCCGGAGGUCUUCUUCCUCUACGAGCCAGUGUGGCACGUGUGGCAGAAGCUGUACCCGGGCGACGCCGUCUCCCUGCAAGGCGCGGCGCGGGACAUGCUGAGUUCCCUGUACCGCUGCGACCUCUCCGUCUUCCAGCUCUACAGCACGGCUGGGGCAGGGAAGAACCUCACCACGCUGGGCAUUUUCGGGGCGGCCACCAACAAAGUGAUCUGCUCCUCGCCGCUCUGCCCAGCCUACCGCAAGGAAGUGGUGGGCAUGGUGGACGACAAGCUGUGCAAGAAGUGCCCUCCGCAGCAGCUGCACCUCCUCCAGGAAGAGUGCCUCAAGUAUCACACUCUGGUCAUCAAGGGCGUGAGGGUCUUCGAUAUCGGAGUGCUGGCGCCGCUCAUGCAAGACCCUUCCUUGGCUCUCAAAGUCAUCCACUUGGUCCGGGACCCCCGCGCAGUGGCCAGCUCCAGGAUCAAGUCCCGCCACGGGCUGAUCCGUGAGAGCCUGCAGGUGGUGAGGAGCAGGGACCCCCGGAUCCAUCGCAUGCCCUUCCUGGAUGCUGGCCACAAGCUGAACAGCAAGAAGGAAGGGGGAGGUGGCUCCGACUACCACGCCUUAGGGGCCAUGGAGGUGAUCUGUGGGAGCAUGGCCAAGACCUUGCAAACUGCGUUGCGCCCGCCCGACUGGCUGAAGGGUAACUACAUGGCUGUCCGCUAUGAGGACCUGGUAGUGGACCCCAUCAAGACUUUGCGGCAGGUGUACGGGUUUGUCAACCUGGCGGUGAGCCCGGAGAUGGAGAAGUUUGCUCUCAACAUGACCAGUGGGCCUGGAUACUCUUCCAAGCCCUUUGUGGUUUCUGCCAGGAAUGCUAGCCAGGCAGUGAAUGCCUGGAGGACAGCGCUAAGCUUUCUGCAGAUCAAGCAAGUUGAGGAGUAUUGCCACCAGCCCAUGGCCAUUCUAGGCUAUGAAAGAGUCAACGGCCCAGAAGAAGUCAAGGACCUCAGCAAAACCUUGCUCAGGAAGCCAAGGUUGUGAAUGGGCUGCAUGCCUUCUGCAGAAAGGGGUUGGAUUGGAGAGCAGGUUACAACUUUGCUGAGAAUUAUGUUUACCUGAGAGACAGAGAGCAAGCAAAACGUGGCUCUUUCAUGAGGACAUAUCAUUGAAGAAGACCACUACAAUCCUCCAGGGACUAUUGAGGAUAACAUACAUCUAUGUUUCUCCAUUGCUGGGCUGUCAAUAAUUUAAAACACACACACACACACCAGUGAGUAUUUGUGAGGCCUCUUUUCUCUCCCAAAGUGUGCAGGGCACGUGAUUCAGUAUGUACCAGAACCUUUACAUACAUACUUCUUGUUGUGAUGGUGAUCAUGAAGGACUUGCACAAUUGCUGAAGCAUUGGGGUUUUUUUGGGGGGGAGGGUUGGGGCGGCAAGGAGGAAGGUAAGGUGGGGGAAUACUCCGUAAAACAGAAUUCAGAGGACUGGACUUUUGUAUAAAUGUUUAAAUGUGAUAUUAAUAAAGAAAUCAAUAAAAGAUGCUGAUUUUACAAUGA